AUGAAACACUUUCAGUGUGGCACCUGCGCCGAAGUCUUCCUAAAAGGAAGGCAGGCUCGCGAGGAUCACAUCUCCUCGAGCCAACAUCACCAUCCAGCCUUCGAGUGUGACAGCUGUCCUCGUUUCUUCCGGUCGGAAGGCGCACGCCAGGACCACAUGAGGGACUGCAACCACUUUUCGCCAGAGGAUGACUUGGAAAUCGUGGACUGAAGUGUACUGAGAAGCAGUGCUCAGCAUCUCGAGUCGAGCGUUCACCGCAGCCAACCGGUCCAAUGCCCUUUCUGCAAGGCUCAACUCGCCACAGCCAGCGGCCUUAUCCAUCACCUCGAGAACAGCACAUGCCCCAAGACCAAGUGCCUCAACCUGGAUACGGUUUACGCCGUCCUGCGCCUCAUAGACAGCGGAGGGUUCUUUACCAAGAAAUUGAUCGAGCCGUCCAAGCCAGUCAAAAAGACAGUGACAGAUCGCAUCCAUAACGAGGCUAUUAAUAACCGGGAGUGCUGUCUGUGCGACAAGGUCUUUCGCGAGAGCUCCCACCUGAAACAGCAUCUGAGUUCACCCACGCAUCGGCCACGCACCUACCACUGCUCCCAGCGCACAUGUCACACAGGGUUCAAGACAGUGGGCGGGCUCGUUAACCACAUUGAGAGCGAGACUUGCGGUUUCUGUCGCUUCGAGGACGUCCAGAGCCGCGCUCGGGAUUUGAUAAGCGGCAAACUCCUGAAAAAUCUCCAGAUCUAA